GUUUUAUUCAUCGUCAUAGACAAUUUGUACCUACACUGAAUUCAACAGUCAACUGAGUCAACUUUGCGUUUCAUUCUCUAAUAUAUUAAGUGUAUAAUCUAUGCGUUUCAUCAUUUGUCUCAAAAGGAAAACGUAAAAACCUAUUGGCGUUCCCGGCACAACGCACCAACGACAUGGCUUCUACUCAAGAAGAAAUUCUUCCUGAAGGAUGGGAAGCUCGCAAGAGUAGAAGUACAGGAAUGACAUACUAUCUCAAUAAGCAUACAAAAAAGUCUCAAUGGGAAAAACCGGGUGGACCAGCUUCUGAUGAUGAUGAUGAAGAUGAUGAUGAUGAGGGUGGUAUUCCCAAGGAGGUAAGAUGCAGCCACUUGCUUGUAAAACACAGUGGAAGCCGCCGACCAUCCUCAUGGCGUGAAGAGCAUAUUACACGUACUAAGGAGGAAGCUCUUGAUAUAUUACAAGAGUAUCGCCGUAAAAUCAUUGACAGAGAAGCUAAAUUUGAAGAGCUGGCAAGUACAUAUUCUGAUUGUUCAUCAGCAAAACGUGAUGGGGAUUUGGGUCGUUUCAAGAAAGGUCAAAUGCAGAAACCAUUUGAAGACGUCGCAUUUUCCUUGAAAAUAGGACAAUUGAGCCAACCAGUUCACACUGACUCUGGCAUUCAUAUCAUUCUUAGAACUGCCUAAAGAUUGUUUUCACAGUUAAUACUACUUAAAAAAGUGUAAAACAAUAAUAUCAAACUUAUAUACCCACAAUAUCGCAAAUACAAUCAAGUAUAGAUCUUUUUCUUUCUACUACAUAAAUUGAGACUGUCUUCCUUUUUUUCCAGCAUUCUUGAAGAAGUUUACAAUUGAUCUUGUUUACAAGUUCUUUGUUUGUAUUGACUUUUUUGUAUUAUUUUUCUUUAGAUUCUCUUUAAACUAACUGCAUGUGAAUAUAUGUGACUAGAUGUACUUAUUAGUCAUGAAAAUUUUCAUUUAUCAGUAUGAUAAUUUUGAUUGUGGAGUUUCUUGAACGGAGCAUUAAACUUUGCAUUCUUUAUAUAAUAAUAAGUAAAAAGGCUAAUAAGGCUAUUUGGCUUAAGCGACAUUUCGCUUAAUACGCGACCUGUUUCUUUGUAAUUAAAGGUGCGUUUUUUUUUAUAUCGGUAUCAACAGUUCGAUGUUUUUAAUUGAACUUCAAUUAAGUUUACUCCAAUCAAAUAACGGAACUUUUUUUUUGUUAGUGAUAAGGCAGGAAAACUGACAACUUAAAAUAUAUUUACCUUUUUUAAUACUUAAUCUUUAAAAUGACGAUUUUUCAAUUCUCUUAAAAUACCUUGAAAUUCGGCUCAUACAUAUGAAUUCUAAAAUCUCACAUAGCAUAGCGCAUGUAACAGCUUGCGUCUGUUACACAACUAGAGGACUAAAAAUGUAGUAAAAAUAUAUUUGAACUCAAUAGGACACCAUUUCACGGAAACAUUUUCAGUGAAAUUCCUUAACAGUGUAGUUACAAUUUAUUAUCUAAAGUUAAAAAAGGUCAUACUAAACAGCUAAGUUGAAUUUUCGCUUAUGCCGUCGAGAUUUUUCAUUUAUCAAUUUGUCAAAACUUAUUGCUUCCCUCUUAAAUCUGCAAGGUGAUUUAAAAAGGCUUUGUCUCACAAGAUCAGUGUAACGAAAAAUCUAGCCAUCGCAGUAUUUAAAAAUUUAAAAUAUUCAUUCUAUGACGAAUUUAACACAUAAAGAGCGGGCUGUUUUACUGAAAAUUGGAAAAUCGGCACUUAUUUCCUUUUUUACUAUAGAGCACUUUAUAAUAAGAGUUCGAUUAGAAAUUAUGAACUUACCCACGGAGUAACUUGGCCAGAUUGAAAAUUUGUUGCGCCGAUUUGCGCAAUAAGUAAUUAAUACCAUUAACCAAUUAUUUAAACAUAAUAAGCAAGAAAUAUAGACACGCAUAUAAGUUAGAAGUGCUUGUCUAGUCCGGCCUAGCUAGUCCGCGCGUAUUUAUGGCCUUUUCAUCACCGACAACUGCGAGCAGUAUCACAGAUGAAAAGUUUUCUCUAUUAUUAUUAUUAUUGGUGUAGUUUGUGCAUUAUCUAGCAUAUCUAGCAUUAAUAAAGCUAAAUUGAUAUUA